UACUUCUCUAGUUUGGAUAGAUCCAGUCCUGUCUGUAGAAACACAUUCUGUUAUUGCAAUGAGAACAUCUGUUUUGUUUCGUCCUGUGCAGGAAAGGUUUCAGUAUGCCUUUGAGACGGUGUUGGGGUUUAUCUUGCCGUACGCGGUCAUCAUCACGUGCUACGUCCUCAUCCUGAGACGCCUCCGACAGACCAAGUUUCGCAGAACGGUCCGCAGCGAGAAACUCAUCCUGGCCAUCGUGGUGAUGUUUGGCCUCUUCUGGCUGCCGUACCACGUCAUCAACAUGAUACAGGUGGCAGCUCAGUGGUACGAUCCUGAAUCACCCAUAAGAAAAAAAUUGGACAACAUCACUCGGUCCAGCCGUGCAGUGACUUCGGCUCUGGCCUUCAUCAGCAGCUGUGCCAACCCCGUCCUCUACACCUUCGCAGGGAAGUCGUACAUCAAGAAGAACGGCUUUGCCUUCAUGGCUCGGCUCUUUGAGGGCACAGCGUUGGACCAAACGGGAGCUAAAAAGGCCAAAGACACCCUGGGACUCAGUACUGUGGACUCUGCGAACGACUCGGGAACUUUACAUAACGGGAGAGCUUGAAUGAUCGCUCCCCUUUAAGAGAAACUAUGUAAAUACAAGUGUGUAGAUAUUGGUUUAAGCAGCUUUAGUCAAACUAGAAACACUGGCUGAGAGCUGUCAACUAUUUUUGUUGUAGAUAAACUGUGUUCAAAUUUUGACUGGAAGUCAUUGGUGUCAAGACAGGACUUGAAAUAGUUUUUCCUGUAUUUCAGAAAUGCAAAUACUUUGACAUUGUGUUGCAGAUAAUUGUGCUGCUUUUCACUUUCCAUACCCCUAUGUAUCCUGCUGGUAUACAAGCAAGCUUCUUUACGUGUUGGGCCAUCACUUCCCUGUAGUUUAGGAGAAAUUGUCAAUCAUGUCUGAGAGUAGACCGCCGCUUCCCGUUUAACACUGCCAUGUAAAAGGUUUGUCAAAGGAUCGUGCAUGUUAGUGAAUUGUUUCGUUCACUUGUGUAAUUUUUAUCAUGAUAAUCUUUUGUAGUAUUUUUCAAGUAACGCACAGUUUUAUUGCACUGUAGGUUUAACAUACCAAUUUUUUUUUAUCAAAUAAAACAUUAAACAUACCCACAUCUCUAUCCA